UUUUUAAAAAUUUGCGCCACAACAAAUUUACCGUUUGACAUCAAAAUUAUUGUUGCGGCAUCCCUGGCUGGCCGCUCAGCUGCGCCGCCUGUGCAGCCCUGAUUUUUACACAACAUAAACAUUCGAUUUUGGAAGAACACUUUCCGGGAGAAUAACAGGUCGUUGGACACGGGAGAUGCUCUGAAACCGGGCGCAUGUGGAGCAGCCAACGUCGGAAUCGCCGCCAUGAAGAUCCUUUCCCGAUUGGGCCGCCUGAUGCGGUACACGGUGGCCUAUGCGGCCAUCACACACUGCACCUUCGAGUACAUCGGCGAUUUCGUCCUGUGCAAGGGACCCUCCAUGGAGCCCACUCUCCACUCGGACAACGUUCUGCUCACCGAGCGCUUGUCGAAGUACUGGCGAACCUACCAGGCCGGCGACAUAGUCAUCGCCAUAUCGCCCAUCAAUGCCGACCAGUUCAUUUGCAAGCGUAUCGUGGCCGUAUCCGGUGAUCAGGUGCUCACCCAGAAGCCCAUUCCCUUGGAGGCGGAGUACAGUGGCAGUGCGGAUGACAAGAAGAAGCCCGUGAUGGUCAAGGACUAUGUGCCGCGCGGAUACGUUUGGAUCGAGGGCGACAACAAGGGCAACAGCUCGGACUCCCGCUACUACGGACCCAUUCCAGUGGGCCUCAUCCGGAGCCGCGUGCUCUGCCGCAUCUGGCCUGUAUCCGAGGCCACGGGGCUAUAAAUGGGAUUCGCAUGAAAAAGAGUUAAAUUAACUUGACCCGAUUGCAUCGCCUAAGUUUUGUUUGGAAAUUCAAGUAGAUUGAACAACAACUUUUUAGAACCAUUUGUGCGACUUCUGGCUUUUGGAUAUCAUUGAAAAUAAACUAGGAAAAAGGUUGAUUAACUGCCAAAAACAUAUUAAUUCAUACAUUUAUUUACACUCGAGCCAAAGGGGCUCCAUGCAACUUUCACUUUAUUUUGUACAGUUUAAUCAAAAUUGAUAAAUAUGAUGAUUAGAAUUACUCUUUGAAAUUGUUGGUAAUAUACGCUAAUAAAAUAUUUAAUUUGUAGA